AUUUUUGUGUAUAAAUAGAUCCCCAUCACAACUACCAAGACUCAAACUCACUCUCCCACAAAAUAACUACUUGCUGAUUCUUCAUCUUCCUCUUCAUCAAGCUCAUCCAUGGCUGCUCCUUCACCACAACUCUCUCUUCUGUUUCUCUUCUCAAUUCUAAGCUUUUGCUUCCAUCUCACCUCUGCUGACUAUGGAAGCUGGGAAACUGCACAUGCUACUUUCUAUGGUGGUGGGGAUGCUUCUGGAACAAUGGGGGGUGCGUGUGGAUAUGGCAACUUAUACAGAACCGGAUAUGGAACCAACAUAGCGGCCCUGAGCACGGCUCUAUUCAACAACGGCUUAGCCUGCGGCUCAUGCUACGAGCUCAUGUGUAAUGGGCCUUAUUGCAACCCCGGGUCCAUCACCAUCACGGCCACCGACUUCUGCCCGCCCAACCCAUCCGAGGCCAGCGACCACGGCGGGUGGUGCAACCCGCCGCGGGCCCACUUCGACAUGGCCGAGCCGGCAUACUUGCAAAUCGCAAUAUACCGCGCCGGCAUUGUCCCGGUGAACUACCGCCGGGUGCCGUGUCGGAAGAAGGGAGGGAUCCGGUUCACGAUCAACGGGCACACGUACUUCAAUUUGGUUCUAGUGACUAACGUCGGCGGGUUCGGGGACGUCCACGCAGUAGCGAUCAAGGGCUCGAGGGGCGGGUGGCAACAAAUGUCGAGAAAUUGGGGGCAAAAUUGGCAAAGUAACUCCGUUUUGGACGGUCAAAGUCUUUCUUUUCAGGUCACCACCGGCGACGGCAGGACGAUCACCAGCAACAACGUUGCGCCACCAAAUUGGCAAUUUGGUCAAACCUUUGAAGGAUCUCAGUUUUAAAUAAAUUUACCAUUUUACCCCAUAAAAAACUCAAAAAGUGAUUUUUAAAGCUUUCUGUUAUUUUUACUACUAGUAGUAGUGUUACAAAUGACACUCAGUCACCCACCCUGUAAAAUUACCACUAUACCCUCACUUAUAUGAUUACCACCAUUCAUUCAUGUAAAGGUAUAAUGGUAAUUUGAUAGGAAAAUGUACACUAUGAAGUAAGCCAGGCCACGGGGUCCUUCUAGCAUUUAACUUCUGUGGCAGUGGUGGUUAAUACUACCCGCUUUGAGGGGCCUAAUGGUCUAUACAUUUUAGUACCAUUAUAUUUACAUAUUCUGAACAAAUAGUUUAGAAACUAUUUAUUUAAGUUAUUUAGAAAUCUUGUAAGCUGAGCCUCUAAAAAAAUAGGUUCAGGGCUACAAUGUGUGUGAAUUGUGAUAUAUUUUGUAACCAAAGUUGGAACAUUAUUAUAGUGUAUGAUUUAAAUUUAAAUUAUGUCGGAUGCCUUGUUAGCCUAUAAAUUUAUAAUACUUCUUUACUUCAUUUAUUUGAAUUAAUGGUACAUGAUGUCUGGAGUA